GAUCAUAUUCCGAUCGAGCGAGGGAGUCGGGUUGUCAAAUAUCCUUCUUAUCUUCACACGUAUUACAUACCUGCAAACACACUCCCUCAUCCACUCAUGGCUCUAACAAUACCCAACGGUAGUGGAGGUGGUACUGGUGGAGCUACAAUCCUCUCCGGCAAUCCCACCAAACACCCCUACACCCAGUUCCCUAUUCGCCACCACGUCAUCUUCCCUGCCCUGUCGAGAACCCUUCGCGUGGCAGUCUCGGCCAAGAAGUUUUCCUCCAGAAGCGGGAGGGCCGACGGCAAGAACCGGAGGAGCACCACCACCACAAGAGACCAAGAACUAGAAGACAUUAAUCGGGCGGCUGAGCUCAAAAGGGGUCUCAAAAAUGGUGCUGAUUUCGAAAGCGCUGUUGGGUCAGCCGUGAAUGAUGUUGACGAUGGAUAUUUCUUGCCCAAGCUUCCGGGUGAGGAAAAGGACCUCUGGGAAGGUGAACAGUGGGAUUGGCUUGGGUUCCUGGUCGAGUACUUGUGGGCUUUCGGCAUAGUUUUUUCGUUAAUUGCUUGUGGGGUUGCCGUUGCCACUUACAAUGAAGGGGCUACUGAUUUCAAGGACACACCUGUAUACAAGGAGUCAGUCCAGUCCCAGGAGCUUUUAGAAGAACCAGACGCAUCUAAUCCCGAUGUCUUUGAAUCCAACCCGACUGAGGUGGCUCCUAGAUUGGAAUAGCAUGCCUAAUGAACAAAUGACCUUUACAACUGGUAUAUUGUUCAUUCCUACUGAAAGAAGAAACAAUUUAAAAAAGGUAUGUACUCAAUUUGCAAGUGCUAUUUCCUUUGUAAUGUGUAAUAAGUUGAUACAGAGAAAGUUCUUAAUAUGCAAGUUGAGUAAAAUUUGUGAAAAUGAUUGUCUGGUUA